GAAGCGCUCGAGCCUCUGUGAGUUGGAGAGGGAGAGUGAAAAAGAGAGAGCGCGCGCUGUGUAGUCAGUGUUUUACCGUCAGCGGAACCGGACAGACUUGUAUGUGUGUGUUAGUUAGUAAGGGUUGUCCGGUUGAGUCUGGUUGUUUUAUUUGUUUGCUCGCUUCUCUAAAAAUGGGAUUCUGACAGCAGCCGGGCUGCGGGCGCCGCCGGCUCCUCCUGACCGGAAAAUGAAGCGUCUCUGUCGGAGGCUGGCGGUGGCCGUGGCGGUGCUGGUGUGGCUGGGGGCGCUGGUUUACCUGCUGGUGCUGAGCCGGAGGAAGCUGCCGGAGCUCGGUACCGGAGCAGGAGGAGGAGGAGUAGCGGGAGGCGGAGAGACAGCGUACAACCAGAUCUCAGAUGCAGAGUGGGAGGACAUGUUGGAGGGUUUUGAUGAACGUGGUUACCUGAGUGCUCGGCGCUGGAAGCCCGGUGACGACCCAUACACCCUUUACGCCUUCAACCAGAGAGAGAGCGAACGCAUCCCCAGCAACCGAGCCCUGAGAGACACACGACACUACAGGUGCACCAUUCUUCAUUAUGACUCUGAUCUUCCUCCAACUUCUAUCAUCAUCACCUUCCACAACGAGGCCAGAUCCACCCUACUGCGCACCAUCAGGAGCGUUUUGAACAGAACUCCAGUUCAUCUCAUCCACGAGAUCAUUCUGGUGGACGACUUCAGUGACGAUGAAAGUGACUGCCAGCUUCUCACCAAACUGCCUAAAGUCAGAUGUCUUCGCAACAACAAGAGAGAAGGUCUGAUCAGGUCCAGAGUGCGCGGGGCCGACGCUGCGAGGGCCGGGGUCCUCACCUUCCUGGACAGCCACUGUGAGGUCAACAAGGACUGGCUGCCGCCUCUGCUGCAGAGGAUCAAACAGGACCCAACUUGUGUGGUCAGCCCGGUUAUUGACAUCAUUAACAUGGACACUUUUGCCUAUGUGGCGGCCUCUGCUGAUCUCCGUGGAGGUUUUGAUUGGAGUCUCCAUUUUAAGUGGGAGCAGCUGUCGCCUGAACAAAGAGCCAUUCGGACUGACCCGACCCAGCCAAUCAAGACUCCCAUCAUUGCGGGCGGCCUCUUUGUGAUUGACAGGUCCUGGUUCAAUCACCUUGGCAAAUACGACACUGCUAUGGACAUCUGGGGUGGGGAGAACUUCGAGAUCUCGUUCCGGGUGUGGCAGUGUGGCGGCAGUUUGGAGAUCCUGCCCUGCAGCAGAGUGGGUCACGUCUUCAGGAAGAAACACCCGUACGUCUUCCCUGAGGGUAAUGCCAACACGUACAUUAAGAACACACGUCGCACAGCUGAGGUGUGGAUGGACGACUUUCGUCUCUUUUACUACUCUGCUCGGCCUGCAGCACGAGGGAAAUCCUACGGAGACAUCCGAGGCAGAGUGGAACUCCGCAAGAAGCUCAAGUGCAAAUCCUUUAAGUGGUACUUGGACAACGUCUAUCCAGAGCUAAAGGUCCCAGACGACUCUGACUCUCAGUCCGGGGUGAUCAAACAGCGGCAGAACUGUCUGGAGUCUCGCAGGUUGGAGGGCCAGGAGCUGCCAGUCCUUACACUGGCUCCCUGCAUAGGAAAGGAGGGGGUCCCUGCCCCCAACCAGGAGUGGGUGUACACUCACGGGCAGCAGAUCCGACAGCAGCAGCACUGUCUGUCUCUGUCCACCACCUUCCCUGCCUCCCAGGUCCUGCUGAUGCCCUGCAACAUGGCUGACGGCAAGCAGCGAUGGCAGAAGUCGGGGACUCACCUGGAGCACCUCGUCUCUCGGUUCUGUCUGGACUCUGAGAUGGCUUUGGAUGGGAUGGACUCCUCUCGAAUGCUGGUCAUCAGCCCCUGUGAACUGAGUGCGUACACACAGAGAUGGGAAGUCCCCUUCUCCUGACCCCUGGCCCCCUAACCUUUCAACUCCCACAAACCUACCCCGUCACCCGUUCACAGCCUCAAAGACCUGCGCAGAGACAGCUGCUCUGACAGAGUGAAGAUGCAUGAGCACGUCGUGUCAAAGUGCUGCAGCUGAAUGGAACGUUUUUUAAGACUUUUUGACGCCUCUUCACUGUUGAUCGUGAGAAAAAAAGUGCGGAUCUGUGGGAUCUAAAAUACUGAUUUACUAAGGAUCCGUGCUGGAUCAGAACAUCACUGAAAGGAAGAGACACAUCAGAAAUGUCUGGUUUAUUUUAUCUUAAAGUGUGUAUGUUAGAGGCUGAUGAGAAGUUUGGGGAAGAGUCAAACCAAGUGCACCUUAAAACCCUGACCUGUCACAGACUCCAGUUGGACAGAAAAAAUAUCAGAGAAUGUGUCUUGUAAUCUUUUGCAUUGAAAGUGUCUGUUUUUGAGGAUGUUUAAGAAUCUGGGAAUUAAAACCAAGCACAACUCAA